AAAUGCUUUGAAUGCUUGCGACAUGGCCGCGCACAUUGAUUGCCAAGAUUGACAGCAGCUCUCCGACGUCUUUUUCUUCUUCGUCUCCUUCUUCUUCUGUCCUUGUUUUCUGUUCUGCACACCAGCGGGGACAAUUUGGUCGCAGCUCGUAGCUCGUUUUUGUUGACAGUUGUAAGUUCGUGUCCCCGCCGCGCUCCGCUUUCCACUUGAGUUUCUGUUUUUUCGCAGACACACGCGCAGACCGACAGGCACAUCUUUCUUUGCUUUUUGUACGGUUUUUUUAUUUUUUAUUUUUAUUUUUUUUAUACCCAGUCGGGAUACGACGUGGGACACCGAGACUGAGGUUUGACCCGCGUGCUUCAUAUCGAGAACUGUGUGCGCGUGGCUGAGCGGAAACACCGAGCCGUCGCGCGCGCUGUGCACACCGCUCCGUUUCCUGUAGCCGGGGCUCCGGAGAGAGAGAGAGAGAGAGAGAGGAACAUUUGUCGCAUAUGGUGCCGGUCAUUUUCAUGAAUUCAAAAUCAACUAAUAAGUGAUCUCUGGGAGCUGGAGAUAAAGUCACACUGUUUACAACCCAAAUGCUGAACAUGGAGGGCUUUCUGCGUAGCAGCUUUUUACUGAGCAGAAUCAUGUCUUCCAAACAAGCCACCUCUCCGUUUGCCUCAGGUGCAGACGUCGGUGAGGACGGAGUGGGUCAGGAGCGCCUGGUUUGGGAGAAGGACGAAGGCACAGAGCCGCUGGCAGCACCGCAGCUGCCAAUUCACAACCUGCUGCACGGAAAGAUGCACGGUGAGGAACUGCCUCCUGUCAGCAGCAGCGUGCCGCCUGAAUCCGACUGGGACAGCCUGGUGUCGGCCCAGCAGCGCAUGGAGUCAGACAGCAAUAAAGUAUGUUCCCUCUACUCCUUCCGGAAUAACUCUACCUCUCCGCACAAGCCGGAAGAGGGGGCACGGGAGCGAGGUGACCUGCUGGGAGCCUCUGCCUUCGGAACGCCGGAACGCCGCAAAGGGAGCCUGGCCGACGUGGUGGACACGCUGAAGCAGAAGAAGCUGGAGGAGAUGACAAAGACAGAGCAAGAUGAAACUUCCUGCAUGGAAAAGCUGCUUUCUAAAGAGUGGAAGGAGAAAAUGGAGAGACUGAACACAAGCGAGCUUUUGGGAGAAAUACAAGGUACUCCAGAAAGUCUGGCUGAGAAAGAGAGGCAGCUUUCAACAAUGAUCACGCAGUUGAUUAGCCUGAGAGAGCAGCUCCUGGCUGCCCACGACGAGCAGAAGAAGCUGGCAGCCUCGCAGAUGGAGAAGCAGCGGCAGCAAAUGGAGCUGGCUCGACAGCAGCAAGAACAAAUCGCCAGACAGCAGCAGCAACUUCUUCAGCAGCAGCACAAAAUCAAUCUCCUUCAGCAGCAGAUUCAGCAGGUCCAGGGUCACAUGCCUCCUCUCAUGAUCCCCAUUUUUCCACAUGACCAGCGCACUCUGGCCGCUGCCGCCGCCGCCCAGCAGGGCUUCCUCUUUCCCCCAGGCAUGUCCUACAAACCAGGUGAUAACUACCCAGUGCAGUUCAUUCCUUCCACAAUGGCAGCUGCCGCCGCGUCAGGACUCAAUCCUCUUCAGCUCCAGCAAUUGUAUGCCGCCCAGCUGGCCAGCAUGCAGCUCUCUCCAGGAGCCAAGAUGGCGCCACUGCCCCAGCCACCUAAUUCUGCAGGGCCACUCUCACCUGGGCCCAAGAGUGAGAAGAGGUCCUCCAGUCCACUGGGCCAAGUCAAGGAGGAGGGAACGCAGCCCUUGAACCUCUCGGCCCGGCCCAAGACAGCCGAGCCAGUGAAAUCCCCAAUGUCCCCGACACACAGCCUGUUCCCAGGCAGCAAGAGCAGUCCGAACAGCCAGCCCAAGAGCGGAGGCAUCCCCAGUCCCCUCGGUUUGGGCCGAGGAUCAUCCCUCGAUAUCUUGUCGAACCUGAACUCCACGGCACUAUUUGGAGACCAGGAUGCUGUGAUGAAGGCCAUCCAGGAGGCGAGGAAAAUGAGGGAGCAGAUCCAACGUGAGCAGUUGCAGCAUCACCAACAGGGUAUGGAGGCUAAACUCUCGGCUCUCUCAGGCCUCGGGCUUAAUAACUGCAGGGCUGAUAAGGAACGAGUCCACUUUGAAAGUCUGGGACAUCAUCUGGGAAAAUUGGGAGAUGAUGGGAAGAUUGGACAGAGAGUCAUUGACCUGACCCGGCCAGAGGAUCUUGAUGGGAGUAAGGAGCUGAAUGGUUCUGCCAAUAAACCACAACAGUAUUAUUGUUGGCCAACAGGAGGUGCCAGCACCACUGAAGCCCGGGUGUUCAGAGAAUCGCGAGGUCGGAACCCCAACGAGCCGCACAUCAAGCGACCCAUGAACGCCUUCAUGGUGUGGGCCAAAGACGAGCGCCGCAAAAUCCUGCAGGCUUUCCCCGACAUGCACAACUCCAACAUCAGCAAAAUCCUGGGUUCUCGCUGGAAGUCCAUGUCCAACCAGGAGAAGCAGCCGUAUUAUGAGGAACAGGCUCGUCUGAGCAAGAUCCACCUGGAGAAGUACCCCAACUACAAGUACAAGCCUCGGCCCAAGCGCACGUGCAUCAUCGAUGGCAAGAAGUUGCGCAUCGGCGAGUACAAACAGAUGAUGCGCUCGCGGAGGCAGGAAAUGCGCCAGUUCUUCACCGUGGGUCAGCAGCCCCAGACUCAGCUCCCGAUCAGCAGCAGCGCGGGCGUCGUCUACCCCGGAGCCAUCAGCAUGACCUCGGACUGUUCCAGCAACUCGGCCAGUCCCGAGCCCACUGUGCCCGUCAUCCAGAGCACCUUCGGCAUGAAGAUGGAACCCAGCGUGCCCAGCGUGGUGCCCACCGAACCCGUCAAUGGCGAGGACGACAUGGACAUGUACGAGGACUUCGAGGACGAGCCCAAAUCGGACUACAGCAGCGAGAACGAGGCGCAGGAGCCCGUCAGCGCCAACUGAGGCUUUCACUCACAGUGGAGCGAAGGAGUACUGAAGGAGGAGGGGGAGGAGAAAAAAACAAAAAGAACUACAGAACAAAAUUAAAAAAGAGAGAGAAAAGAAAAACUCGUUUCUGAUAAUAUAUCCCUGAGGAGCCUGCAUGCACGUGUGGCUCCUGGCUUCAUCAGCUCUUUGGUCUUAAAUGUUUCUUCGAGUGUGAAGCAGUUUGAUUGUGUUUUAUUAUUAUUAUUUUCUUUUUCUUUUUUUAAUUCUUAUUUGAUUAUGGAUGUGUACACAAAUUGACCUGUAAAGUUACAGAGGGCAGGACUUGAAACACAAUUAUAGCUCUCACAGUCUUACAUACGUAUAUUUGUUGUUGUCGUCGUUGUUGUUGUUGAUGUUAUUGAUACUUUUUUUUUUAGAUCACUGUUUUUGACUGGGUUCUGUAUUUCUCUCAGGUAUGCUGUGCCAGCCAACAGCUUGUGAAUGUUUUUUUUUUUUUUUUGAUUUGAGCUAUUUAAAAAACAUAAAAUAAGGAAGAAGACAGCAGAACGAAAGAAAAUAUUUUAAUAAUUGAUGACAAAACACGAAACUGCCCCCUCGGUUAACUUAACGCACGUAUCUUAAUGCUCUUCUUACUGUUUUCUCAACACGACGUCCAAAUCCAGGUCCAAACCGCACCAUAAUCUUGAGAUCCCCAAGUCUUAAAGGAGAGUGUUCAUGAGUCUUAGACAAUCCUCUGGAAUUUUAGGAAUAAAAGCCUCCCUCUUCUUGAAGCACUCAGGAAUUUUCGAGGCAGUGUUAGAGAUGCUGGAUUUUAUUACAGAGAUGUGAAAGUCCUUGUUCAGUCCAGGAGGUCCAGUGCGGUGAUCACGCAGCCUGUCUCGCCCUUCGCUUCAGUCUUACAUCCACGAUGUUCUUAAUCAAACAGGUUGGCCAGCGUGCCAAAGCAGGGCCAAAGGCAUCCAAUCUGCAAAAUUGAAAUGUCAGCAAAAAGGCAGCUUCGAUGGCAUUACAAUCACAAAAUUGCUGUUGUACAAUACAUGCUGGCUUAUUUUUUAUUUUUAUUUUUUUGUUAACAGCAGCAAGUCCAUAAGGGCUUUGUGUCACCAUAAAGGCCUUUGGGGAUGUUGUAAACCUUAAUUGACACAAGAAAGUCUUAAAGCAGAGCGUAAAUAAGUCUUAAAGAUACAGCGACAGUCAGAUAAAGGAGAUUUGGUGCUUAUUUGUGGUGCAGCAGGAGUUCUGGAGGAGUUCUGUGUUGAUUCAUUUUCUAUAACAGUAGCUCUGUUUAGUGUUCAUGCAUUCAUUUCUAAUUUGUUCUCAGAACUGAGUUUCCCAAAAACAUUGUAAAGUUAAGAUUGUCUUAUCUAGGAGAGAGAGAGAGAGAAUGUUGAUCUUUUGUCCUGCAAUGCUUUUGGGAAACUCAGAUUUUCAAAAAAGUGGUGUUUUCUCUCAUUAGCAUUUAUCCAAGGAGGUAAAGUUUUACGCUUUUUAAUCUUACACGUCGUUGCUGUUUUCUCACUAACAAAAGGCGACGAGAUGUGUAUCUUUAACUUGUCUUGUUAACUUAAAGAGACGCUGGUGAGGGAACGACUGUUUAUCGCUGCUAUAACGUAAGUGAAAACAGGAACAGACUUGCCUUCUUCACGUGCAUCCAAAAUAAAGUUAAAAUUCGAACGUGUCCUUGUUUAAUGAAUGAAUGAAUAAUAAAACACUUCAGGAUGUGCUGUUAUGGAAAAUAAACCACUCAGGCGACGAGGAGAAGCCUCGUCACGUCACCUCGUACCUCCACAUGGACUCGGACUUGGACUUGGCAUCCAUCAGAAACACAGAACAAUGCGGCCGGGAGGGAGCGGAUCUGUGAUUGUGCUCGUCUCGUUCCAGCCAGAGAUCCAUGAGGUGCUGGCGAGCAGAUGGAACAAGUAGAUCAAGCUGUGGGAGAUUAUUAAAAUGACUGACGAGUCUGUAUCAUCUGAAAGGCGCCAUUAUUAAUGCAUGAGGCUCACGAUUUUCCUCUCGCCCUUGAACCUGUCUUGUCUUAUUUUCUUUAUUUAUUUAUAUAUAUAUUUUUUAAUUUCCAUUAGCAACAUGGCCAUUACCGCUGGGCUGAUGAGCUGCUGGUCACUGCGUUGCCUCUCAAGGUCGUAAAUAGAAAAAAAAAAAAGAUAAAGUAAUAAAUUUGAAAAGGAAUAAAGUUAAAGAUAUUGAAGCUCUUAUUUACUUUUCCCUCAGCAUCAACAAUUUAUAUGAAGUCCCUAACAAAGGAGAAGCAUUUAUUUACUUCAAGUCUUAGAAGUUUCUCUAGCACUUCUGUAAUCUCAUAUAUAUAUAUAUAUGCUUGUUGUGAUUUUUCUUGAGAGGAAAAUCACCUGGCAGGGUUUACUCCUGAUUAUCCUAAAUUAGUUUUUUUUUCUUUUUUUGUUCUCAAUAGGUGUCUUUGUUUAAAUUUGUUUCCUAUCUGUUUGCUGGUAGAUUGACUUGUACGUGUUUUGUACAUAUUUUCUUGACCACGCCAAACUGAUUUUCUAGGCUGGCGGUAGACAAAAGGACUGUUGUCAGGACUGAAACUUGAUCACGCUUGUGUAAUAGAGGAAAGUUUUCUUUUUUCUUAAAAAAAAGGAGAGAGAGAGAGAAAGGACUUCGGUCACACAUAAAGUUUCAUAUGUGUUCCAAGCACUGGAUAUAAAUGGUAGUUUUUAUCGAUGCUGAUUAAUGUGAAUCCGUCGUGCAAGAAAAAAAAAAAUCCACAUGAACAAACACGUGACCUGUUUGGACUUUACCAGAUUUGAGUCAUUGUUUUGUUGUGUUUUUUUUUUUUUUUUUUGGUGUGUGUGUGUUUUUUUUCUUUCUUUCGACUUGUUUUUAAUUUAAGCAAAGACACGUGAUAAAUGAACACACUUUUUUUGAUUUGUUUAAGCUCCAGUGCUGCCUAAGGGAGAUAAAGAGCAGGAACCCGACAGAAGGUUCAUGGACGAGACGAUGAGCUGAAACACCCCGGACUUCAGUCGCGCAUCUUAUCGCUCAUGUACGUUUGUGUUUGUAUAUUGUAUUUGAAACUUUGAAACCUAUAUAGUGCAUAUAGACUUUUAUUGUAUUUAUUAGCCGGUGUUGGCUAUAAAAUUUUGUCGGUAGAAAUUAAAUCUUAAUUAAAAAAAGGACAAUCAGAGAAAAUACAGUGACGCUCAAUUGGAACUUAAUUUUUUUUUUUUUUGGGACACCUUCUAUACCAUCUCAUUCUUUUUUUGUUUUUCUUCAAAAUUGUAAAUAUAACAUAGAAAAAAAAAUAGAAUUCUAUUUUUGUUCAUGGAUACUUACUGAAGUAUAAGUUAUGUAUUACAUUUGUAAGUGUUAUGUUGUGAUGUUGCUUUCUUUCUUUUUGCUUUUUUUAAAUUUGUAUGUUGGUCAAUCAUUCUUUAGAUUCUUUAAAAAAAAAAAAGAAGACGAAGAAUCAAAACUAGACAAGUCACUGUACCUCAUGUAGAUGCUGAACUGAACAGAACUCAUACCCUGUUGGUCAGGCAGUAUUGGAUCCGACUCAUGCAGAUGAGGAACCUCACUCGGAUUCGCUUUCGUUGGCGUCGAAACUCAUCGGCACGAAAUUGGGUGAAAAAAUUAUUUCAGCGUCCCGUGAGAUCCCGAGUGAUGUCCUCUCUCAGCUCAGUGCAUGGGGAUGAACAAAUAUUUAUUAUUUUUUAUGCUGAAUAACACGGACACAUUCUUUGCGUUGUUUUUUUUUGUCUUCGUAGAUUUUUUUUCAGCUUUUCAGCAGCUGCAGUCCAUUUCGUGUUCAAUUUGUUCAUCAUCACUUGUGUUAUGCAAAUUAGCUACAACUGAAGACAAAAAUGCAUUUGUUGUUUCUACUUAUCUUACUGUAAUUCAUUUUUUCAGUCGUUAGACUUUAAUGAUGUAUAUUGUGUUUUUUUUUUUUUUUUUGCUAAUUUAAUCAGCACAAUUCACUGACAUGCUGGACUGAAAUGCUAGCUGCUGUUCAGAAGAGUACUUUUUUUUCUGUCAGGGACAAUUUAUUGUCAUUGCAAUGGUACUUUCUAGUUUCUAGUCUCUUAAGCAACACUGUGCGUGGCUCUUCGAACCCCGGGCCGCUCUCUCUCACUUCGAAUCCCGCUGGCCGCCUGAUAUUCUUCUGUUCUGUUCCGUUCCGUUUCUGUUUUGUGCAUAAACCGGUUUCUCGGCAGGUACCUAGCCAGGUAUUGUUCGGGCGUUAGAGAAGUUAUAGAACUAGUGUGCUGCUUUAAAAGAAAAAAAAAUUAAGUCUAAAAAAAUGUAAAUAGUUUAUCAUAUCUUGUACAGUCCAGUGUAAAGUUUUUAAUUGAACUUAAAGGUUGCCAUCACACUCGUGUUCACGUUUCUUCUUCUUUAUACAGUAUGAAACAGUACGAAAGACAAUUUGCUAAGGGUAUUAUUGUUUAAAAAAAAAGUAAGACAAAAAAAAGGUACUAAAAAUAUUUUCUGCUUGGCUUCAGUAUGUAAACCAGCAACUUUUUUUUUCCAUGUGCAGUAUUGACGUGAGGUAAACUAAAUUAAUUCUACAGUCGUAUGUUCCAGAGACGAAUUCUCUCUGUAAUGGUAGUAUUAAUAAUAUAAAUAAAAAUAAUCCAGAUGAGUGACGCAUUUUGGUUUGUUUAGGCACCUUAGUGGAUUGUACAAUUCUCUAGGUCACUCUCCACACAGGAAGCGUGGUUUGUUUGUUUUUUUGUUUGUUUGUUUUGCCAUAAAGUUGUAAAGUAAUGACAUUUCUACAGUAUAAUCAAUACAUUUGAUGUACAAUGGCAGAAGAGGGAGUUCCUGUCUGUUUUAGCUCAUUUACCUCAAGAGUUUCCUCAUUUUUCAUAAAAAAAAAACAUACGGUGCACACACACACACACACACACACACGCACAUGCGCGCGCACACACGCACACACACACACACACAAACACACACACACACACACAAACACACACACAUCCAUACAAGCCGAAAAUCGUCUCGCCAUCACUCCAUCUUUUGUACUGCUGUUGACACUUACAAAUUAAAGAGACAUUUUGUUUUAAA